UCGCGGAGCCGGAGGAGCGAGAGCAGCGACCAACACUCAUCUGACCCGCUGCUCUGCGGCUCUGGACGCGGCCACACGUAGACUACACGGAGCGGGCUGUGGUGAACCACCGCGGGGCUGAACUCACACUCUGCCCGGUGCGACACUUGGAAGUUUAGACUUCGGCUCAAAACUUUUCGGCUUUCCCCCUCCUCGCUCCCGGGGACUCGUCAAGUCGCCCGAGAGGUCGGCCUGCAAACCGCCGCGUCCGCCCCGCAUGCUCCCGCCUGCUUCCCGCUUGUUGUCUCCGUAAGCACCAGGUGAGCCGAGCCGUGUGGUUUAGUUCCACCCGGCGGACCUGCGCAGGUAACGGGGGUUAGCUUACCUGCACACGGUGACACACCGGAGCUCCCCACGACUACAACCGCCACCACCGCUCUACCUCCAGCCUCAGUCGGAGAGCGCAACACCGGGGAGCAGCACAUCACCGGGACGCUCAUGGAUCUAGCAGGAGGAAGCGAGAGCCGGCGGAGGGAAGGCGGCAGGAACCCCGCGGCGUCUCGCUGGAGAAAACCACCGGUGGAUCCGAUGUUCGCCGCUGUUUUCAUCUGCCUCCAAGUUCUGUCCAUCCAGGCUGCUGCCAUCCAGUUCACCAAGGAGCCCAAGUCCCAGGAUGCCUUGCACGGCCGCAGCGCCAUGCUACGCUGCGAGGUCAGCGAUCCGGCCGACAUCAGCUACGGCUGGCUCCACAAUGGCCAGCGCCUGGAGAACAGCGAGAGGCUCUUCCAGGAGGGCAGCAACCUCAAGUUCACGGCGGUGGAUCGUCAGCUGGACGCAGGGAACUUUGAGUGCGUCGCAGAAAACGCGGCCACGGGAGAGACCCUCCACUCCACCAAUGCCUCCUUCAAUAUCAAGUGGCUGGAAAGCGGUGGCGUGACCCUGAAGGAGCCCAACUCCGAAGGAGAGAUCGAGAGCUCUGUGUUGGUCUCGUUGCGCUGCCAUAUUGAUGGACACCCACGGCCAACCUGCCAGUGGUUUAAAGACGGCGUGAAGCUAACGGAAAAGAGCCACCAGAUCAACAACAAGGAGAGGACGCUCACCGUCAAGAGCGCCAGUCCAGACGACAACGGCCUGUACUACUGCUGUGCCAAGAAUGCAGCCGGACACGUCUGCAGCAACAGCAACUUCACUCUCAACAUCAUAGAUAAGAGUUUUCCACGCUCAGUGGUGAUCCCAGAGGACCAAGUGGUGUUAAAGAAUGAGGAGGCCAUGUUCCACUGCCAGUUCACUGCCGUGCCGGCCCCCACUUUGGAGUGGUACCACGAAAACGAGCCGCUGGUGAACAAAUCUCGAGUCGUUCUCCUGUCCAAUGGCACCGUGCUGAUCACACAGGUCAAGCCCAGGAACACAGGGACCUACAAAUGUGUUGGCCGCGGCAUCAGCGGGUCCCAAGUUCCUUUGGAGGCCUCUCUCCUCAUAGCUGAGAUAGAAGACAUGGUGGCCAAGACGUCAAAGGUUUUCACAGCGGACACCCUGCAGAGGGUGGCCUGUCCCGCCCCCCGCGGCAGACCUGAGCCCGAGGUGUGGUGGGAGAGAGAAGGUCAGCGAGUCCCCAAAUCGGGCCGGGUGCACCAGGACGGCCUGGCUCUGGUCUUCUCUCCCACAGAGGAGGGCGACUCGGGCACGUACACCUGCGUGGCCCAGAACAAGGCGGGACGCAGAACCCAGGAGGUCACCUUCACCGUGGCCACUGCUCCAGUGUGGGUGACAAGGCCUCACGACAGCCAGUUAGAGGAAGGUAAACCAGGUUACCUUCACUGCCACGCUCAGGCCAACCCUCAACCUGAGGUCACCUGGCUCCGCAACAACAUCAUGAUCACACCUGAGGACUCUCGUUUCAAGCUGUUCCCUAACGGCAGCCUCAGGAUCAACAAUGUGGAGGUGUACGAUGGACUGAUGUACGGCUGCGAAACCAAGACCGCAGGCGGCCGACUGACUGGGCAGGCUAGAGUUCUGGUGCUUGAGAAGCUUAAGUUCACCCCAACCCCCCAACCUUCUCAGUGCCUGGAGCUGGAUAACGAGAUCAGCAUCCAGUGCUCGGCUAAAGGCAGACAGAUCCCCACCAUCCGCUGGACCAAAGCAGAUGGAGGAGAGCUGCCGCCUCGCGUGGAGCAGAGGAACGGCCAGCUCCACUUCACCAAAGUCACGAGGAGCGACGCCGGCAACUACACCUGCAUCGCCUCCAACAGCCUCCAAGGGGAGAUCAGAGCCUUGGUGACGCUCACAGUGGCCGUGUACAUUCGCUUUAAGUUGGAGCCAGAGAACACAACAGUCUACCAGGGUCACACUGCCAUUCUGCACUGUCAAGUCACCGGCGACCCCGAGCCUCACAUCCACUGGAUGGUUAAAGACAAGACGCUGGACAUCAGUAAUAACAGGAGGUUCCAGAAGAUGUCCAACGGCUCCUUGGUGAUCAGAGAUGUCACUACAGACGACACGGGCAGAUAUACAUGUGUGGCUGGAAACAGCUGCAGCAUCAAAGACCGUGUGGCUCAGCUUUAUGUCGUGGCAGAAAAACCAGUGCAUUCCAAUGGUGAAGAUGACGACAGGGCUCCUUACAAGAUGAUCCAAACCAUCGGCCUGUCAGUGGGAGCGGCUGUGGCCUACAUCAUCGUCGUGCUGGGUCUCAUGUUCUACUGCAAAAAGAGACGCAACGCCAAGAGAAUGGAGAAAGGCCAGGACGGAGAGGAGCCGGAGAUGGAGUGUCUCAAUGGAGGUGCUGUCCAGCAGAAUGGCCACACCACAGCUGAGAUCCAGGAAGAGGUGGCCCUCACCAACAUGGGUACCGCGGCAACCACAGAGAAACGGCACAGCCACGUCAACAACGAUAAGCUCCACUUCCCUCGAGCAAACUUACAGACCAUCACUACUCUAGGUAAAGGGGAGUUUGGUGAGGUGCUGCUCUCCAAAGCGAAGGGCAUCGAGGAGAACGAGGAGGAGACGGUGGUGCUGGUGAAGAGCCUGCAGACCAGAGACGAGCAGCUGCCGCUCGACUUCCGCCGCGAAGCUGAAAUGUUCGCCAAGCUCAGCCACCCCAACGUCGUCCGCCUGCUGGGCCUGUGUCGGGAGGCCGAACCCCACUUCAUGAUCUUAGAGUACUACGAUCUGGGAGACCUGAAGCAGUUCCUGAGAAUUUCUAAAAACAAAGAUGACAAGAUCAAAUCUCCCAUUAGCACCAAGACCAAAGUUUCCAUCUGUGCCCAGGUGGCUCAUGGGAUGGAGCAUCUGUCCAAUCACCGCUUCGUUCACAAAGACCUGGCCGCCCGAAACUGUCUGAUCAACAGUCAGCGUCGUGUGAAGGUGUCGUCACUCAGCCUCAGCAAGGACGUGUACAACAGUGAGUACUAUCACUACAGACAGGCCUGGAUCCCGCUGCGCUGGCUCCCAUCUGAGUCGGUGUUCGAGGACGAUUUCUCCACCAAGUCUGACGUGUGGGCCUUUGGAGUGUUGAUGUGGGAAGUGUUCAGUCACGGGGAAAUGCCGUAUACCAAACUCAUUGAUGACGAGGUGCUGGAGGGUCUGAAGACCGGGAAGCUGAAGCUCCCCAUUCCAGACGGGUGUCCCUCCAAAAUGUACAAGCUGAUGGUGCGCUGCUGGGCACUAAGCCUCAAAGAGCGCCCGUCCUUCACCGACAUCGUCCAAGCCCUGGGAGAGCUGCCCUCUGACAGCAAAGUCUGAGACAACUGUCAGCCCUCAUCCGAGGGGGGGGGCUUCUACCAACCUCCUCCCCCCAAAGAGAAAGACAGGAAUGCUGGAUAUUAAAGUCACACAUUUCAGGGAAAAGGGUCGAGGAGAAGACACUUUUUUUUUAAAUAUGCAUUUCAAAACAUGGCUGUGUGCACAAGACUUCUUUGCUAUAUCAGUGGAAAACGCACACGCACAUUUGUGUGAAUGGCUUCUCGUGAGCAGUGCCAGGAGUUUACGUUUGCCUUAACCGCAGCAUGGAUGACCCUCCCCUCCAGUCCCUGCGUGAGGCUCCACUGUGACCCUGUCCUCCUGCCUGCCUGGGGCCGCUCUGUCCCGAGCUUCACAACCUCAGUGCCUCCACCCCUCCACACACACACACGCACACACACCAAAACUUUGGACUGCAGAUUAGGAAUCUAAUACAAAUCAUUUUUUCUGACGUCUAGGAAAAACCCUUGAAAUUUCCGUUCACCACUCGAAGUCCUCGGUCGUUUUGUCAUGAAUCUAGAAUAACCUCGAGAAAGGAAAGUGGGAUACAAUGUGACAAUGCUUGAUAAAUAUUCUGUCAACCACUUAGAAGUUUGUUGAGUGAGACGGUGUCAGCGGAUCUGCUCGAACUUAAAAUCCAUCCAGCUGCAUCCUGAGUCCCUCACCCUAAUCCCAGAGGAGACACCCGGCUGCUCUGUCCACCAGGGACCCACCACCGCCCUCCAGAGUUUGUUUAUGCGUGUGUGUGUGUGUCUGUGGACGCGACACUAAACUGUUCCCACGCUACAGUGCAUGCUCAAAGUGGAAGCGGAGGUACGAAGGUUUGUCGCCGUGAGGACUCUUGUGGAGAUAAAUCCUCCAUGUUGUGAUAAUACUUCAGGAAUUAAAAAAAAAGAAAAAGAGAUCAAGUUUAUAGCCAAGGAAUAAACCGGAUGGAUGAGACUGUGCUAGUGUGGGCUUUGUACGUUUUCACGAGUGUGUUUUGUUUUUGUAUUAACCUUGAGGUUUUUAUUGGUCACUACCUAUGGGUGAGAAAACCCAUUAUACUACAUUAAUAUCUUUGUGUCGUCGCGGGGCUGCAGCCUAUCAUUGUGUUUAACCUGCGACAUAAUUUCCCCAGAGGUCCAAUCACAGUUCCCCUCCUGGUCCAAGUAGUUUUGUGCAAUGCUGCAAAGUGGACCAUCACACCAGGCAACAUGUACAUAAUAUAGAAGCCAUGCACUAACUUCACUUAAAGGACUAUCCCUCUGUAUCUCUAUCAUGUCGUGUAGAAGGAUGUGCAGGUGCCUGUUUAUUUAUGAUGAAGGUCCUGUGUUUGUUUUAACUAUGUUUAUAAUAGAAAGGUACUUUCUCUGACGGUAUGUAUUCAUGCUCACGGUCCAUCUCAGUGUGCGUUCAGCUCAACACGCUCACACAAAGUACAAAUGAGGUCAAAAGAGUGACUGCUGGUCACCAGUACUCGUUUUAAGUGCCUGGUAAAUGAAGGAUUAUCUUAACCGUUUCCCUCUUUUUUUACAUUAUCUAAUCAAAUGCAAUGGCCUUUGUUUAUGAACUUGUUUUUAUACGUUGUUUUUAGUGUAAUGUUUUGUUUUUAUGAAUGCUAGGAACUCACACCUAGACCUUUUUUUUCUUUUUUUUAUCUGCUUCAGCAAAAUGUUCACAGUAAUCAGAUAUAUACGGAAGUAUACAUGCUGCUGUCAAUAAAGGUUCACAGUGUUUUUA